UCCUCUUGACUCUCUCUCUCUACACACGUAGCUGAGAAGUCGUGAGGCAGUAGGACAGUAUAUCUAUACACUGUGAUGCUUUAUAGUGGUCAAUAUAGGCCCCCUCUCUAUCUGUGCUAGCCUCUGAAUCAUCCAAUCGUGGACCACCGCCAUCAACGUUUGUUUUUCCUUAAUUGUAGUAAAUAGUGUCUGAAUCAGGGAUGCUGUGUCAUUGAUUGGGGAAGGCUUUAACUCGGCACUGAUUGGUCACAAACAAGAUAAUGGUGCCUUGCUUACAACAUUAGAAGAAGCUGACGAUGUGCUGGAAGAUGGCAUGUCCUUUAUUUCUAUAGAGAUCGAAUCUAAUAAACCAAAACCCCAGAUGAUUCUGACAUCUUGCACUAUAAGGAAAGCUUCAAAGUAACGGAACGGUAGAAUCAAUAGAAAAUCGGACAUCUCUUGAUUGAACACAGCCAAGGGUACAUCACACUGAAGUGUGAAUCUGUCAAUAAUUGAUGCUUGGUAAAGAGACAUCAUGCCUUAUAGAUGUGACACAGCAGCAGGAAGUCAGAAUCGGGGCUGCAUGUCAGGAGCAGAGGCCUGAAGGAACGGCACACAGAUAAAAGCAAGUCUGUCCUCCCAGUGUUACAGGAUCAAAGUGGAGUGUGGAAUAUCCACAUCAUGCCUGGAAUAUACACUAUAGAUAGUGGGCCUUGAUCUGAAAAAAAAACCCACAGUCAAUAGGAAUUAUAAUUACUCAACAGCUCCAAUUAUAAAUUCUAAGUGAAGAGAAAAAAAAAAGAUGACUGCUAUGUUUUUUUUCCUUCAGCAGUUAAAAAUAAUUAAGACUUGAAAAGAAGACUUGUAGAAUCAAUAGGCUGUGAGGUUUUUCAUUAUAUCAGUGAUGAUGUCGCCUGAAUACUCCACCUCUUGUGUUCUCUGUGGUUUUUUGUUUUUAGUUUCUAUGUCCUCCACAUUAAGCUUCAAACUAGAGGGAUCUUCCUCCUCCUAUGCAAAAUUCCAGAAAUGGAGACCCUGUCAAAAUGGAUCGCUUCAUUUCGAAUUUCAGACUUCCAUGGCUAGUGCCCUACUCCUCUACAUGGAUGAUGGGGGAUUUACGGAUUACUUCGAGUUAUCCCUGCUGGUUGGGGCCAUUCAAUUGAAGGUCAAUUUAGGGGGUAGCCAGGUUAGGUUGAAUUUAGGGAACAGUUUGAAUGACAGUCGAUGGCACAAGGUUGGUGUGUUCAGACAGGGUAGGACUGUGACGCUCACUGUAGAUCAGCUGUCCACGUCCCAGGAGUUUUACGGACGUAACUUGGAUUUCGGCCGAGGGAGAAACAGCCCUGUGUUUAUUGGAGGUCUUCCUUCACUAUACCUUGACAGACAAUCAGAUUUAACUUUGCAGCAUGUUAUAUACCAACCAUUCCUGAAUGGAUAUGUUCGUAAAGUUCUGUAUAGUAAUUGCGGGGAGUCGCUGAUUCGGCCAGAAAUGUUGGAUUCCAGUGGAAUUGUGGGAGAGACGAAUCUUUGUUCGCGUAACCUGUGUAAAAAUGGAGGAGUCUGCAUCACCAAGGAUACGCAGACCACCUGUGACUGCAGCAGGACCAAUUAUGAGGGAGCGUUCUGUGACAUCGAAUCUAAGAAGUCGGAGGUGACCUUUUUUGGGUCGGAGUACAUCUUCUAUGAUUUCCUGGCUCAGGGAAUGGAUCCUAUCAGCAGUCAGACAGACAGGGUAGAAUUCUACUUCAGAACCAAGCAUCACACCAGCUUCCUCUUCUAUACAGGAGAAAAGAGUGACUACAUCAGCAUUGCUCUGAAGAAUGGAAGAGUCAUGGCGAUAGUGAACCUGGGUGGUGGUGAGACUAAGUUGGAUAUCGGUCCGAGUGGUUACCGCUUUGACGACAACCAGUGGCACCACCUACUGUUAACUAGACAAUCAAGAAAGCUGACAAUAGGAAAUGCCAAGUACAUAGUCCAGCUGACGGUGGACGGUAUCCACUCUACGGAGCGCAGUAUGGUGGGGGUGUUUACGAUGCUGGACAGUAAGGUGCUGUACGUCGGGGGGCACCCCCAGGCCACCAGACUUGGACAGGGGAUCAUCGUCCCCAACAACUUCAAGGGAUGCAUGAAAAAGGUUAUUUACACCGCAGAUGGCAUGAAGCUUGACUUGAGCAAAAUGGCUUCCACCAAAAACAGUUUUGUCCAAGUGGAGGGAGCAGUGACCUUCAACCAAUGUCAAGAUAUACUGGAAACCAAACCUAUCACUUUCACCACCCCUGAGUCCUUCAUCCCCCUCCCCCGAUGGGAGGUAAACAGGGAGGGAGCCACCCUCUCAUUCACAUUUCAAACCAGUGAGGACAAAGGAGUGGUUAUUUACAAUAGUAGAAGAGGAAAUUCAGACUUCUUUGCUUUUGAGAUAUUUGAUGGCUACUUAUGGUUUAUAAUAGAUUUAGGUUCUGGUGCAUUCAAAGAUAGAAUUAACACAAAAGUGAAUGAUAAAAUGCAACACCAUGUGUCUCUGAAACACUCUGCUUCAGGAAAAUCAGGUUCUUUUACAUUGGACAAUGAAACAAAGGACUACGUUGUGCCAGGGAACAGUACAAAUUUGAACUUGGAUGGAGAGCUGUAUGUGGGAGGGUUUGGAACCUCAAAUGAUGACAUUCCUAAGGACCUCUGGGCAGGGACUCUGGGGUAUGGAUAUGUAGGAUGCAUGCAAGAUCUAGUGGUAAAUGGAAAUAAAGUGGAUCUAUUGAUGGUGGCUAGAAAGAACAGCCAGUCAGGAAUUGGGGAUGAGUGCAAGGUGGAACCGUGGGCCAAGUGCUUGACUCGACCAUGUCUGAAUGGGGGUGUUUGCUCAGAGGGAUGGAAUCGAUACAGGUGUGACUGCAGGGGUACCUCACACAGGGGCACACAGUGUCAGUCAGUGGCGGCAAGCCUGUCCUUUGAUGGCGGUCAGUACAUGAAGGUGGUUUUUCCUGAGGAGUGUGAGACCGAGGUGGAGGACAUCUCCCUGAGGUUCCAGACAGAGCGGGAAUCCGGACUCCUGCUGGUGACCUCCUCCCAGAAAUCCGCGGACUCCCUACUGCUGUAUCUAGACAGGGGAAAAAUCAGACUGGAGAUCAACAUCAACGGAAAGAGAGAGCAAAUGACAAUUGGUCGUGAAAAACUAAAUGACAAUGAUUGGCACACAGUGUACUUUACACGGCGAGGGGAUACGAUCACGCUGAAAGUGGACAACAAUGAUCCAAGUGCAGUAGCGUUCUCUUCCUCCUAUGUGAAGGGCAUGAACAUAAAAAUCUUGUUGCUAGGUUCCCCUGGCCCAAUGCUUUCUGACACGUAUCCCAGAGUGCACCAGUCUAUGAAUCUUCUUCAGAUGGAGGCUGGAGGGAGCCUACCAUUGGACAAUUUAUAUCUACGCCAGAUCCCGGGAUUCGUGGGAUCUAUGCAACAGCUGUACUUCAACAACAAAGAAAUUAUCCAGCUCGCCAAGACAAACUCUCUUCCCAAUACCAAUAUAACUGCCAAGUUUGAUAAUGACAAACCAGUGUUGAGAGACACUGUGACUUUUAAAUCAAAAGAUUCUUAUGUUGCACUUCCCAAGCUACAAGCCAGGAAUCAGUUUUCCAUUUCCUUCCAAUUUAAGACAGUAGAAUCAGACGGAUUAUUAAUGUACAAUGGUGGACAGGGUCAGGACUUCAUAGCUGUAGAGCUGCAGGAUGGAUACCUCCAUUUACUUUUCAACAUGGGGGGUGGAUCACAGAGGGUGGUGGUCAACACCCAACAACGACUCAACGACAACCAGUGGCACCUAGUCUCCAUACAACGACCCGGUCUGGAACAGAUGCAGAUCCGUGUGGACGAUGAACACCCCACAAUCAGCGACUUGUCUGGAUCCACCAGCGUACAUUUGGAUCUGACGGGAAAUCUUUAUGUGGGGGGAGUCAGUAAGUCCAUGUAUAACAAUAUGCCAUACUCCUCCCGACAUGGCUUCCAGGGUUGUAUGGCCUCCGUAGACUUCAAUGGACAGGGGCCGAAUCUGGUGAGACAGGCCAUGAAGAUUUACGCUGUUGAAGAAGGUUGUCAAGGCCCCAGUAAUAGUUGUCGCUCUGACUCCUGUCACAAUGGAGGGUACUGUAUAGAGCAGUGGAACAGCUUCCAGUGUGACUGUGAUAUGACUUCUUACACCGGUCAGACAUGUUCACAAGAGAGUAAGACAGUGAAGUUUGGUCCGGGUCCCGGUCUGAUCACGUAUUACUUCCCCCCUAACUCCCUCCCCAGCCGCUCCAGUGACAGACUGGCCUUCGGGUUCAGGACGACCUCUGACCUAGAUAAACAAAUCACGCUCCUCCGAGUGGAGAGUGAGACUGGGACAGACUUCCUAGAAGUGGAAAUCGUGGAUGGUUCGGUGCUUGUCUCCUAUAACAUGGGAUCCCAGAUGACCAUUCCUAUUGGAGACCAUUUUAUCAGAGUUGACGACGGAGACUACCAUGUCGUCAGAAUAACACGUGAUGGGGCGGCAGCCACGCUGAAAAUCGACAACUAUGACGUCAUCAGGAAAAACCCCAGCAAAAAUGAACAACAGUGGAGUGUGUUCAAUAAUCAGUCUAAGAUUCAAUAUAUAAUUUCAGUUAAUAAACCCUAUUUAUUUUCCUUUGUUCCAGGGUUGGUGUUUAAUGGUAUAAGAGUGAUAGACCUGGCCUGUGAUUUAGAUCCCUUCAUUGUCACUCGAGGCAGUGUCCAGCUCUGUCCUACAGAUACCAGGAAACAUGAAAUGCAGUCAACAGAAGGAAUACGGAUAGAUCGUAAACAUAAUGAACAGAAAAAUGACAAUCAUGGUGCUAAAUCAGGACACGGUAGAGAGAUACCAACCUCUGCUAAAGUCAGUACACUGCUUCCACCAUCUCAUCAAACAACCAGUUAUUCUCAGCAGCCAAAACAAAAACAUGUUAAAACACAAGCUUACAAGAAAGAAAGUGUUGUAAAAUUUCCAUUGAUGAAUUCCAUGGAACUAAAACUGUCAGGUGACAUGGGAAAGGAGCCCAGAGAUGUUCUGAUGGACUACAUGAGUGAUGAUGCCGACUUUGAUAACAUUGCCGAUUACCAAGGAUCAGGGCAUGGGAACCAAGAAAGGACUAGUCAAGAAGAUUCACCUUUCCUUUUCUCACAAUCUAGUUAUCAAAAUAACCUCUUCCCAAAAUUGGGUAGUAGAAAUCCAUUCCUUCCACAAGUGAAUAAUGGGAAAUGGAGAGAUCAAGGGAGGUUAGGAUAUGAGAAAAUGAAGACUCAGUUUGAAGACUCAAUCCAUCAUGUAAUUCCUAGAAAGUUGUCCAAAUCACCAUCCAGGUCCAACCAUAUGAGGCCAUUGUCAGACCUCAAACUUGGCAGGGAGGAGGGAGUGAGGGUAGUUGUGGGAAAAGAGCAGACUCCCUUUACAUACAUUCCCAUCACUGAACUACACACCACUCCUCAGGAAGGUGUGACAGAUGAUAUAAUUGUCCCCGCGGGCUCAGGGGAUGGAGGAAUCAAGUGUCCGGUCGAUGAUGAGGACGAUUGUGCUUCAGACGACGCUUCAGAUAACAUCAUCUCAACACAGGUCACAUUUACAUACAAACCCACCACCAAACCACCACUGAAAAGCACCGAUAUUGGACCCUGUUCCCCAAAAGAUUCCUUAAUUUGUGACAAUCAAGUAGAGAGUACAAAUUUAAUGAAACCAGACAAAAAUUCUUCUUUGCCUAUAAAAGAGAAUGGCAGAUCUUCAACAGAGUAUCCGUUAAUUCCUGCAAAUCGAAAUCGUGAACAGGAAGUGACACAAACACCAAACCUCGCCCUCAUUAUAGGCAUUGUGGGUGGGGUGUUGGUGGCAUUGAUAAUUCUAAUUAUAGCUUUGUAUAAAUUCCGGAGUCGUGACGAAGGCUCGUAUAAAGUAGACGAAAGUCAGAACUUUGCAUUUCUGGAAAAAAAGCAGCACCAGGGUAACGGAGCAUUGCUAGGUAACCACAGUAGUGGGGCUGGAAAGUCAGGGAAGAAGAAAGACGUUAAGGAAUGGUAUGUGUAAAAUCAGAGAAGACCAAAGCCUGUGAUUUCUACAGAGAAAGAAUCUGUAUCAGAAGAUGGUCUCGUGGAAUGACCAGAUGUGAAAGAAAUUUAGUUAGCCAGUGCAUUUAAAAUCUUAGAAAUAACAGAGAGGUAUGUCAGCUUUGCAGAAACUGGACAUUUCCAUUUGUGGUGGACUUCCAAUCAUUUUAUGUGUAACUAACUAUGAAUCAGUUCUUCCUCUAUUCUGUUGGGGUUCAUUGGCAAAACUUGAUUGUAAUCAUUGAAGAAAAAAUAUGUUGAGCAAAGAAUGAGAAUCAGAGUACACAGGCUUUGGCUUUACUGAUGAUCCUUGUGAUUUGGAGACUGCCACUCUGAGCCGAUGAGUUCGGCUUUUAUUUGUGGACCAUAUCGGUGCUUUCAGUGAAGUGUGACUAGCACGGCUCUAAGCUAUGUUGUGAUUGGACGACGUUUUUCUAUGAAGUUAGAGAUAGGAUUUUUUUUCAGUAUUCUUUUGCCAAAUAGUUUUUGGACCAUGUACAACAUGCAUUCCUAGCUUAUAUGUUGAAUGAGAGAGAGAGAUCAAAAUUCAUUCCACACUGUCUCAUUAUUUGUAAAGCAUUAAAGGGCUUUAAGGUUCAUUGAUACUCUGAUAAGGGAGAUAACAUUUUAUGACAAAUCUCUAAUUCCUUUAUCAUGUUUAUAUAUUUGUCAAUUUGAAAUGUCUUGAGUUUAAUUUUGCCCCACAAAUCAUGAUAUAUAAUCCCUUGUAUAUUAAUCAUAAAAUAUUUAACAUUUCUUUUGAAUUUUAUAUAAAUUAAACAUUUUAUAUGAGUGAGCAGAAUGUUUAUGAAUCUAAUAUUAAAGUUCAUCAAAUUAAUACAUGAAUUUACUUCCAAGGGAUAUGUGAAUAUUAUAAUUUAAGCAUGAUAGUAGUGUUCUAUUUAUUUCUUAAUUUAUUCAUGUUAUUAAUGUACUCAUGAAGUUGUUUGACUUUUCCCCAAGUUAAACCCACCACUUGGAAAACUUUUUGAAGUUUUUAAAUACCUGAAGAUAUUUUAGGCUUAACUUUUAUAUUUAAUCUUUCAUUUGGUGAUUUGAACUAAUGAUGAAGUUGAUAUAUACCAUGUUUUUAUUUUAUUUAAAACAGUUAUUUGUCUUUAAUCAGUAGAGUAGAUAUUAUUACGACAAUGUAUUUUCAUUCUUACAUACAUAUAUCGUUAAAGAAGCUCCAAACACUAAUAAACAAUUAUAAAGGGAUGAUAUUAGAGAAAAUUAUAAUAUGAAGAGGUGUAUAUUUAUUGAGUUUAUAUAUAUCCAUGUAUUGUCAAGAAGGGCUAACUGCCUUAUUUUUCCAGGAAAAGUUCAAAGGUGAAGUGUUGCCGAACUGAAAUCAAGUCAUUGGGAUAUUGAUGCAGCCUCUUAAUUUCUUUAUCUUGGUUCAAAAAAUAAUUUAUAUCAAAGAACAAAACAAAAAUACUCCAACAGUUCAAAUUACCAUGUUCUAAACAGAAAUAUUCUGUGAGUAGUAUUUAGAGCUUCCUUAAGAUUGGCCAUACAUUUAUAUAGUAAUACAUUUCAACUUUAUUAACAUGUAGAGACAUACUGUAAUUAUUUAUUAAUUUUAUAUAUUAAUUGGGACUCUUCUAAUACUUUAUCCCUCAUCAGAACAAAAAAUUAUGUUUUUUUUUUUUUUCUUUGUUUUUUUUUUUUUGAUUCUUGCAUCAUUUAAAUAAAUUUCAAUAUUGUAAAAAAAUAGAUUAUCCUUAGGUGUGUACGUGGGUGUGUUGAAUAAAUGUUAAAAUCAUUGUAGUUUGAGCAGGUACGUGUUUUUAUACCGGAUCCUUAACCCCGUGUGUAUGAUAGAAUCAUUAUUGCAAUCAUAACUUAAUGCUCCCAGUGCAAUAUUUCUUUUGCUUGGUGUGAUAAUUUUACCUAUUGUUUUGGCCAAUGUUUCGUAAUUUUUUGUUGGAUAUAGAGAUUUUUGUGCCAUAUGUUUUGUUGAAAGAAUGUGAACAGAGUUGUAUAUUAAUGCAAAUAAAAUCGUUUACAAAAAUUGUA